UGUCGCGGCGACCGAACGCCCCUGAGCUCUGUGCAUGCGCGCCGCUCCCGCGCCCGCUCGCGAGUCGACAACCGGUCCGGCCGGUCGUGAUUACAACGUGAGACCGAUGUUAAUUGUGCAGUGUUGUUCGUACUUUUGAAAGCUUCAGCCUCUUCAACAGCGUGCUAGGCACUAACAUUUAACAAACGGACCUUUCACAGUGUAACUUUUAAACUUUCUGUGCAGUGUUAGUUUUGUAAAUGUUUUCACAUUACAAGUGUUUGAGUAUUAAAAAGUGACAGCUUAAACGUGAUUAACGCGCGUUAAGUUUUUGUAUUCAGUUUUUCAAGUAAUUCAGUAAAGUUGAAACUUUUACUAAUUACUCGACUGUGUGCGGAGACUGAGACAACUGUUAUUAGUUUACCGAGAUAGGAGAUAUCAACACGCUGGAUGUGGUCUUAAAAAAAUCGUGUGGAACUCGCGCGUUGAAAAUGUCAUAAGGUACAAAUUGGAUAUGAGAGGAUGAGCCAUGGAAUCACGAAGCGCGCCGCCAAGCCCCGACGAGCCGGGGGAGGCGGUGUUCAGUUCUCGCUGCGGACGCUAUCCUCACCCGCCGUCGCUGCAAAGAACUUUUGCAAGUUGUCGAGAAUCGGUACGACCCAGGCCGCAUCACCGCCACGCCGCGUCCGAGCCAGCGCGACCCGACGACCAUGUGUUGACAACAGCCGAAGUACACGACUACCCUUCAUCGGAAUCCGGAAUUGCUGCCGAUUGCCCGCAAGCUCACACGAGCAAUGCCGACGACAGUCCGUCAUAUGACAGAUCUGAUUAUGAGGGCCACUCAAGCUAUAGUCUUAGGCAUACGCCAGAGUUCCACCAUACGCUUGAUUGCAAGCGGAGGCCUGGAGAUUAUAACCGCAGUCACACUCCAGAUUAUAGUCAUGGUCACGGACCCGACUGCGAACGAGCCCAUGGACGAUCACAAACGUCUCGACGUCCUCACAGAAAACAUAGGCGAGAGGAAGACGAGGAGGCGCAAUCACUUGACGAACGCUGCGCUCGAGAUCUCGACGAAAUCUUACCCGCAAGACUUGCCGCUGUUAAUUUAUCGAGGGAACCGCCACCGCAGUCAUGGAACAGAAGUAACAUAGCAGCUACGAUGGAGAGGUUUGAGCCCGUUGAUUAUUCAUACGCUUAUUACGACCACCAUUUAUCUAUGCCCUCAUCGUCAAGAAAAGCAAAUCGCCAGCGCGGUCGCGGCGGCUUAUCGCGGGACCGAUCUGCUCGUCACAAUUAUGUCACAAGGUAUGGCACCGAAGAAAACAUUUAUGAAGAAAUUACGGAUGGAUCCAGAACUUGUCCUAAACACCGAUACGCUCCUCGACAAUCCCUCGUGUCAUUAGACAGAAGUGUCGUCGAAGAGGAAGUUCGUCGCGUGGAGUCGAGGCACAAACGAAUUUUGGGAGAACUUAAUCUUAGUGUAGAGGCGAUGUUAAUGCCCGAAUGCGAAUCCCCAGAUUCGGAACGAGCGGAGGAUAGAGAUAACAUUGAAGAAUUACUACGAGUGGGUCCGACCGACGAGUUACUUUCGCCGGCAAGCUGUAAUCCUCCUGAUUUAGAUAGUGGGUUUAGUGGAAGUAGUAGUGGCGCGAGUUAUGUUGGUAGCCUGCGGCGAAAACCUACAGGGUCAGUGCCACAUUUGCCAGCUGUCGCGUAUGGUACGCGCGGAGCUGGUGUUCGGAUCCUCGGAGCAGAAGAGUGCGGAGCACGAUGCUCGAGAGAUAUGCCCUCCCCACGAAGCUCCAGCUGUGGCGAUGCGAAAUCUAGUGGAUUUUGGAAUAAGAAAUCUUGGAAGAAAAUAUCUGGAUUCUCCAGUUCCAACAGCAUCAAUAAAGCGGGUCUGACAGGUCUGCUCGUUAGGUACACUUUCCGGCGUAAGUCCGGCUCGCAGGGCUCUCAGGGCAAGCGACGAGCAGAGCCCGUCAAAUGCGAUGCGUGCCUCUCACAACGAUGUUAGCCGCACUAUGAUGACACCUGUAGGCCAAGCAGAGCUAAAUCCAGAACAACCGCUAUCCCAUACAGUUACUCCAACGGAAAACUGGUGGUGCCGUUGGAUUCCAUAGCACAGAGCUGAGGGGGCCAUUCCCCUCGGGAUCCCCGUGUCCAACUCCUCAGAGGGACUCCUCAAUACCGCAGGACACCGAUGAACCAGUGAAACAAUGUGGAACGUUAAAACAUUCCAAAUUCAGUGAGUCUUUAAGACAAACUGUCACAAUGUGUAUAUAGUGAACAUUCUAAGUGGAGAGUAUACGUCGAAGUGAUAGAAAAGCCUAAUUAAUUAUUUGUAUUGUUAUGACGAUCGUUUCAUAGAAACGUAAUGACUACAUUGUUGUUACUUAUCAAUUUUUAGUAGAUAAUAGGUACAUGAAAAGGCUGACAGUUAAUUCAGAUUUUGUACAUGAUAACGAAUGCUGCCACUUUAGAUACUCUAAACUUUUGAUUACCAUUUGAUUGAUGUUUAAUGACUUUUGUAAUGACAACGGUGUUAUCUGUAAAUCUUGUAUUUGUAAUAUAUUUAUUAUUGUUUAAAUAUUUCGCCCAUGUGGUGCUUUUUGUAUGAACACUGAAGUGACUGCUAAAUUGUUUUUGAGUCGCUAUUAACGUCACUAGCAAAUAUUUAUUUCAACACUGCAUUGUACAUAAAAUUUCUUUUAGUAAUGUUAUAUCGAAUCACAUAAUUGUUAAUACUUGUUAGCGUAUAGAUGUAUAUUUUGUAAAUAACUACUACCAAUGGUGCGCACUUCGGUUAUAUGUACAUACAUGGAAUUGUGUUAUGCAUAAAAGUCAACAAUUUUAAUUUCAAUUGCAUUAAUCCAGUUAUUUCUUGUAUAGUGAUAUUAAAUUAUUAUAAGUGAAAAUCCUUGCAUUUAUAACUGUAUAGAUUAUUUUAUGUACUAAGUCUGUUUCUUGACUAAUCACAUCCAGUACUCGGCUGAUGGAUAUUUGUUGUCUAUCACAUAUACUAGUGUAUGUAAUUUUUUCUAUGUGACUUUUCUAUGAAUAGUCGCAUGACAGUUACUUUAAGUGUAACAUCAUUCUUUAUUACGGCAAUUAAAGCGUAGCAGCUUUUUUAUAAACCUAAAUUUUUUACUAAAAAUUCUAUCUACACAAAAAUUGUAAAUAGUUAGAUACAAUGUAAAGAAAAAUCUUUUAAAAUCGUUCAGUGAGAGACUUAGGUCUUAAUGAUUACCGAUGUAAGCUCGACUGAUACGACGUAAUUAAUCUCAAUGUUAUGAAAUACUAUUUCUUUAAUUGUCUGUAAUUUAGUGAUCGUGUUCAAGUCAAAAGAGAUUUUUAUUAAAUAAAUCAUAAAAAGUCAUUGGAUUUAA